AUGCGUUCCAACUUGAUUUUCGCUCUUGUCACCGCCAUCGCGGCCAUCAGCCAAGCGGCGCCGGCGCCCCAGGUUUCUGGUGGCUCUGCGCCCCCGGCCCCCUCCGGCACCGGCCUUCCGCCCCCGCCCCACGGCACCGGCGCUCCCCCGAGCGGUACCCCUCCCCCUCGCCCCACCGGAACUAUCAAGCCCUCCGGCCCGCCCCCUAGCGGCGCCCCACCUUCCGGCACUCCGGCCGCUCGCCGCCGCGGCAUGUUCAACCGUCGCCAGCAGAGCGGUGCUCCCCCCUCCGGCGCGCCUCCUUCCGGCACUCCUCCUCCUCGCCCUAGCGGUGCCCCGACCGACUUCCCCAGCGGCGUAGCCCGCCCGACCGGCUUCCCCGGCGGUGGCCAGGGCAACUUCGAUGCCCAGGCCCAGCCCUCUGGUGUUGCGAAGCCUUCCGGUGGCCCUCACGGCGGCGGCCACCACAGCGGCCCUCCCCCGUCUGGUGCUCCCACCGGUGUUCCUCCUUCUGGAGCUCCCCCCUCUGAUGCUCCUGCCCCUACCGGCAACGCUCGUCGCGCUGAGCCCUCUGGAGUUAAGCCCUCUGGCCCUCCUCCCUCUGGUGCCCCUAGCGGCCCGACGCCUUCUGGUGUUCGCCCCAGCGGUCCUCCCCCCUCGGGCGCUCCCCCGUCCGGCGCUCCUCCUUCCGGUGCUCCUCCCUCUGGCGCCCCCCCUGCUGCCACUGGCAACGCUCGCCGUGCCGAGCCCUCUGGUGUGAAGCCUUCCGGCCCUCCUCCUUCUGGCACUCCUCCCCCCAGACCUUCUGGAGCCCAGCCUUCUGGACCUCCUCCCUCUGGAGCUCCUCCUUCUGGCGCCCCUGCUCCUACUGGCAAUGCUCGCCGUGCUGAGUCUGCGCCCGCCGAGAAGCCCUCUGGCACUCCCCCUCCCAGACCUUCCGGUGCUAAGCCUUCCGGCCCCCCUCCUUCUGGUGCUCCUCCCUCUGGUGCUCCUCCUUCCGGCGCUGCUCCCACUGGUGCUCCCCCCUCCGGCGCCCCCCCUGCUGCUACUGGCAACGCCCGCCGUGCUGAGCCCUCCGGUGCCGCCCCCUCCGGCCCUAAGCCUUCUGGACCUCCUCCCUCCGGCGUUCGCCCCUCUGGAGCUCCUCCUUCCGGCACCCCUCCCCCCAAGCCCACCGGCACCCCUACCGGCCCUCCUCCCUCCGACGCUCCCGCUCCCACCGGUAACGCCCGCCGCGCCGAGUCCGCCCCCGCCGAGAAGCCCUCCGGCACUCCCCCUUCCGGCGCUCCCCCCUCCGGCACCCCUCCCAGCGGCCCUCGCCCUACCGGUGCUGCUCCUAACGGCGCUGCUCCCUCCGGCACUCCUCCCCCCAAGCCCUCCGGCGCCCAGCCCUCUGGCCCUCCUCCCUCUGGCGCCCCUCCCGCCGCCACCCAGAGCGCUUAA